AUGAUCCAAGGCGUCUCCGACCUGGCCGCCGUGUGCGUUGGAAUUCUUGGACUCCUUGGAGCUGCGGCCACUACCGGCAUGCCCAUGUGGAAGGUGACUGCGUUCAUUGGCGAAAACAUAAUUGUGAUGGAAACUCGCUGGGAAGGUCUUUGGAUGAACUGCUUCCGCCAGGCAAACAUCCGUAUGCAAUGCAAAGUGUACGAUUCGCUCCUGUUCUUGCCUCCGGAGCUACAAGCCUCCAGGGGACUCAUGUGCUGCUCCCUCGCUUUGUCCGGAUUGGGCCUUUGUGUGGCGUUUGCCGGAAUGAGCGGCAGCAGCAGCAGCCUGACCGUGGCCUCAAUAGAGCACCCGCACGGGACUGAGCUGAGCCAAGCCAAGGCGUAG